AUGAGCAACAUGAAUAAAAAGCUGAAGGGAGGGCACAUGGCCAUCAUCGAAAACUGGUACCACCAGAUACCGGCGUUCACCGACGUUUUUACCGAGGAAAGUUUCUACAUGUUUGCGGUUUGCUUCGUGCUUUCGACGAUCGCCGUGGUAUUUAUCCUGUCCCGGUUUAUCACCCUGAAGCCGGUGGAUUGAGCCAGCCAUUUGGAUGCGGAAAUAUGCUGCCUUAUUCAUUUUUCCAUUGAGCUUGAUUUUCCUUAGCUCCCGAUAAGGUUUUGAAAAUAAAUAGAUCGAUGCUUUUCGUUUAAUAAACAGAUUUGAAAUCAA